CUUCUCCUUCUUUAGACUCAAACACACACAGGUACAGGGAGAAAGGUCAUGAUCUAGGCACGGUCUGCUCCACCAAGGUCAUGAUCUUCCUUCUCAUCAGCCUCUGAGUACUCUCAUUUUUGGACUCCAUAUUCAUAACAACCUUCAAAUUUCCAAUCUAAACCCACCAAAAGUUCUUGGUAUAUUACGUUUGUUUCAUGAGUUCAAACAAGAAAACAAUAACAAAGGGACGCUUCACCCUUUAUGUGGAGCGAAACAUGGGAGAGCUCUCACGCUUCAUGGUCUAUGCUGUGCUUGAAUGGGCCUUGAUCAUUCUGCUCUUCAUUGAUGGCCUUUUUGCUUUUGUUGCCAAUGAAUUCGCCAAGCUAUUUGAGCUCAGAUACCCCUGCUGGCUUUGCUCCAGGAUCGAUCACAUUCUCGUUAACAGAGGUCGUGAUUUCUAUUAUAAUGAUUCCAUAUGUGAAUCACACAAGAAAGAUGUCUCAUACCUUGCUUACUGCCACAACCACAAGAGGCUAUCCGACAUAAGAAAGAUGUGUGAGGCAUGUCUUCUUUCAUUUGCAACCGAAAAAGAGUCUGAUUUUGACACAUACAAGUCCCUAGUUGGGAUCUUGCACAAGGAUCUCGAGUGCUUUGUGGAGGAUGAUGAACAUCAAAUUCAGUUGAGUGUGCCUGCAGCAAGGACAUGGGAGGAUGCAGGGUCGAUUGAGAAGAGUAGGGACAGCAUGACCAUAGGGUGUUCAUGUUGCGGGGCGCCAUUGAAGUUGAGUUCAGCUUCCUCCUACUCAAAAGCAAAGAGUGUUAGCGGGCUAGCGCAAGCUCCUACGCCUUCUCCACGAGCACCCGCAGGGAGAAAUGAUGAUAAUCCUGGUUUGGACUUGCCCCCUAUUCGAUAUCCAGAACUCAAGUUUAUGUCUGAUAAUGAGUCUGAGCUUCCAGAGGAUGUGUAUGGAACACACAUGAAAAAUCAAAAGGAAGAUCCGAAAGCUGCUACAUUGCCAUUAUUGACAGAAGGUGAUGAGUUAGCUGAUGAUGCUAACAGGACUCCUAUAUAUGGCAGAGGAAACAGGUUCUUUGGAAUCCCACUUUCAGAUUCAGCUCAAAAUAGUCCUAGGGUGGCUAUGAGGAUUUCAAAGAAAUCACCACUCGAAAAGAGCGAGUUUGCUUUGGAAUCGGUUGAUGGAAAUCUUCCAAAUGAUGCAGAUUGUGAUUCAAUUUUGCACCGUCUGAAGAGACAGGUCCGCUUGGACAGGAAGUCACUGAUGGCUUUGUACAUGGAACUCGAUGAAGAAAGAAGUGCUUCAGCUGUAGCAGCCAACAAUGCAAUGGCUAUGAUCACAAGGCUACAAGCAGAGAAGGCUGCUGUUCAGAUGGAGGCAUUGCAAUAUCAGAGAAUGAUGGAGGAGCAGGCGGAGUAUGACCAAGAAGCCCUGGAAGCAACAUAUGAUUUGCUUGCCAAGAGAGAAGAUGAUCUCAGGGUUUUAGAGGCUGAAAUAGAGGCUUAUAGGGAGAAAUAUGGAUUGUUGAAGGAAUUUGUCUACAAGGACCAAGAUGAGGCUGGUGAAUGUGGUACUCCUCUGAGCGUAAAGUAUGGCGCAAACAACAUGCAAAAUGAUCAAGCCGGGUCAGCAAAGGAAGAGAAUGCAGAGGCUGCCCACGGCGAAAGUUUGAAACCACUGAAAGGGGAGAAGACUUACCUACUUGGGCGGUUCAAGAAACUAGACAAGAUGAGAAACUCAUCAUCUAAUGGGUUCUUGCCAGAUGGUCUGAAUGAGGAUGAGAUAGGAAAUGGAAACAAAGCUGCCCUAACAAGGCAAUUGUCGCUGUUGUCUCAUCUUAGUGAUAGAGUGAAGGCUCUUGAAUCUGACACCGGAUUCCUAGAGUAUGCUGCUAAGACACUUGAGAAACAUAGUGAAGGAACAAAACUUUUGACAGAGAUAACUCAAAAUUUACAGAAGCUCCGGCACCUAGUGAAUCUGCCUACUGAGGAACAAAACAAGACGCCUCCGGUGGAACAAAAGAAGGAGCAAAACAAGACGGAUUCGGAGGAACAAAAGAAGGAGCAAAACAAGACGCUUCCGGAGGAACAAAAUAAGAAGUCUCCGGAGGAACAAAAGGAGCAAAGUAAGACGCCUUCGGAGGAACAAAAGGAGCAAAACAAGACGCCUCCAGGGGAACAAAAGAAGGAGCAAAACAAGACGCCUCCGGAGGAACAAAAUAAGGCGCAUCCGGAGGAACAAAAGGAGCAAAGUAAGAUGCCUUCGGAGGAACAAAAGGAGCAAAACAAGAAGCUUCCGGAGGAUCAAAAGGAGCAAAACAAGACACCUCCAGAGGAACAAAAGAAGGAGCAAAGUAAGACGCCUCCAGAGGAA